GAGAAGAAGAAGAAGAAGAGUGCAAUUAUGGGUGAGAGAAACAGGGAAUUGUGCUUCUUUUGUGUCUUGUUUCUCUGCUUUUUCUUCGACGCUAGUCGUCCCUCUGUCGGAGCUAGAGUCCUCUCGGUUGGUGAAUCUAUUUCUGUGAAUCAGACUAUAAUCUCUCAAGGAGAUGGGAACUUCGAAUUGGGUUUCUUCAUGCCGUUAGGUUACUCUCAGGACUACUGCUUCUACGACUGCUACAUUGGUAUCUGGUACAGAAAGAUACCGGAGAGGACCGUCGUUUGGGUGGCAAACAGAGAUGAACACCUCUCUGAUGAGUAUUCCUCGGAACUGAAGCUCUUAGAGGAUGGGAAUUUAGUCAUUCUCGGCCCAUCCAAAACCAUUAUCUGGUCCACAAACUUGACCCCAACAACCUCGAAUUCUACCGAGGCAGCACUUCUUGACUCUGGAAAUCUCGUUUUGAGAAAUGUCUCAAAUUCCUCUCAUUUGAUCUGGGAGAGCUUUGAUCACCCAACGGAUACUUGGUUGCCGGGUGGAAAGAUUGGGCUGAACAAAUUCACAAAUACAUCACAGCGCCUCAUUUCAAGGAAGAGUGAUUUAUGGGAUCCCUCGCCAGGGAUUUUCUCUCUAGAGCUAGACCCUGCUGGAAGCAAUCAAUUAUUUAUAUUGCGGAAUGGGUCUGUUACGUACAGGACGAACUGGACUUGGAGCAGUCAUAUUUUCAGAUUAGCUCCUGAUAUGGGAAGUGACUAUAUCUACAAUUUCACCUACAAUUUCGCCUAUAUUUCGAACCAGAAGGUGAAUUAUGUAACUUAUUAUUUAUCUAAUUCAUCUUUGAUCUCUAGAUUCGUCUUAGAUGAUUCGGGACAGAUCCAUUUAUUUACUUGGCUGGAUAGUGUCGGUUGGACUUUAUUUUGGGGUCGAUCGGGUGAGACAUGCGCGGUUUUUAAUCUUUGCGGGGCUUUUGGAAUCUGCAAUCAGCAAGCCGUAAGUGCUGAUUGCCAGUGUUUGAAAGGUUUCAGUCCAUAUUACACAACAGACUACCCAUCACCUACAGAUUGGUCUGCUGGGUGCUUAAGGAAUAUCCCACUACAGUGUGUGGAUGACUCUUCUGUUAAUGGGAAGAAAGAUGGGUACUUCAAGAUGUCCAAAAUGAAAUUGCCCGCAAAUCCGCAAUCUGUGGCGGUUGGGAGUUCCCAGGACUGUGAAGUGGCUUGCUUGAACAGUUGCUCUUGUAAUGCUUAUGCAUAUGAUGGUAACUGCUCUUUCUGGGAAGGAAAACUCUUGAAUCUGGAACAACUCUCAAAUGGAUGCACUGGUGGACAAGAGCUAUAUCUCAAGCUUGCCAUCUCUGAACUGAUGAGUUCGACUUCUGGGGGUACCUCUGAAUUUACGAAUUCGAGUUCUGGGGGUACCUCUGAACUUACGAAUUCGAUUUCUGGGGGUAACAAAAAGGGAUCACCUGUAGGUGCUAUCGCAGGUGCUGUUUCAGGGGUUGUAGCUCUCCUGGGUCUUCUAGUGGUGCUAAUGUGGACAAGGCAGAGGAGGAAUUUAGUUGGACCUUCGGAGGCAGUUGAAGGUUAUUUGGUUCCAUUUUCAUACAAAGAUUUAAAAUUUGCAACCAAAAGCUUCUCCGAAAAGCUUGGGAGAGGAGGCUUUGGUUCUGUUUUUAAGGGAACAUUGUUUCAAUCCACUGUUGUAGCGGUGAAAAAACUUGAAGGCCUAAGUCAAGGAGAGAAGCAGUUCCGAACUGAAGUAAGCACGAUUGGGAUGAUUCAACAUGUAAAUCUCGUUCGACUUCGUGGCUUUUGCUGCGAAGGAACUAAAAGGUUGCUGGUCUAUGAUUUUAUGCCCAAGGGCUCUUUAGAUUCCCAUUUGUUUCAUAAAAAAAAUGACUCAGAAGUUUUAGAUUGGAAAACGAGAUACCAAAUUGCACUGGGGACAGCUAAAGGAUUAUCUUAUCUGCAUGAGAAGUGUAGAGAAUGCAUCAUACACUGUGACAUCAAACCCGAGAACAUUCUUUUAGAUGCUGAAUUCUGUCCCAAGGUGGCUGAUUUUGGCCUGGCAAAGUUUCUUGGUCGGGAUUUCAGUCGGGGGGUUCUGACUACCAUGAGGGGGACAAUAGGAUACCUCGCACCAGAGUGGAUUUCGGGUGUGGCCAUCACUGCAAAGGCAGAUGUUUAUAGCUACGGUAUGAUGCUUUUCGAGCUUAUAUCCGGGAGGAGAAACUCUGAUCAAUCUGUUAGUGCAAAGGUUGGGUUUUUUCCUAUCUGGGCAGCAAGAAAAAUCAAUGAAGAUGGAGAAAUCCUCAGCCUUUUGGAUGAUAGGCUAGAAGGUAAUGUUGAUCUUGCAGAACUACACAGAGCUUGUAAAGUUGCUUCUUGGUGCAUCCAAGAUGAUGAAGUUUAUAGACCAUCAAUGGGUCUAGUAGUUCAGAUUCUUGAGGGGAUAGUGGAGGUCGGCACACCUCCCAUUCCUAGAAGACUCGAAGGUCUUGUGGCGAACGACUUCUCUGAGCCUUUCUCAAACCAUAUUUUGCAAGUACAGAGUCCCACCUCCGGUACUUCAUCUGAAGCCAUGAGCACUCUGUGAUCUUGAUAUUUCUUGACAUGAAGUUGCUGAAAUUAAGUUUUAUUUCCUUUGGUUAGCUCAAAAUAUGUUAUUUCUAGCACAAGAAGCCCAACCCAUGUGUAACUAUAUCCUCAGACUUUUGCAUAUGCUUUAUAUUGAUCAUCAUCUUAUUAUUGACUGUCCUAUUAACAAUAUAGGUUGAAAUCUUCUGUUUGCCAGGUCUCA